AUGUCGCCGGAGCGCACGCCGCUCCUCGCCAAGGUCCGCGUGGCUGAACCGCGGCAGCGGUACCCGCAUGGCGUGGUGCGCCGCUUCUGCACUAUCGCCUUCGCCUCCGUCUUGAUCUGGUUCUUCCUCGCCAUCGCCGUGUCCGUGACCAUCGGCCCGGAUACGCACCAUCACCACCCGCACCAUGGCAUCCCCGGGGACGACGGCGACGAGUGGACAUGGCCCGGCUGGGGCCACAACCGGAAAGUCUCGUAUGAGCAGCUCGAACAAAUUCUCCUCGACACUCCCACCGCUGAGCACGCCGAGGAAUGGAGCCGGUACUACACCGCCGGGCCGCACAUAGCCGGUAAGAACUUCUCACAGGCGCAGUGGACCAAGGACAAGUGGGAGUCCUUCGGUGUCCCGUCCGACAUUGUCCCAUAUGACGUCUACAUCAACUACCACGUCGACCACCGUCUGGCCCUGCUGAAGGAAAAGAAGGGGAAGAAGGACCAGGACGGCGAGCGUGGUGGUUCGACCUGGAAUGUCUCGUACGAGGCGUCCCUGGAGGAAGACAUCAUCGACGAGGACCCCUCGACCAGUCUGCCCGACCGAGUGCCCACCUACCACGGCUACUCAGCCUCCGGAAACGUGACCGGCCCCCUGGUCUACGUCAACUACGGCACGUUCCAGGACUACGAGGACCUCGUCAAGGCCAACGUUACUCUCAAGGGCAAGGUGGCCAUCGCCCGUUACGGUGGUAUCUUUCGCGGUCUCAAGGUCAAGCGCGCCCAGGAGCUCGGCAUGCUCGGCGUGAUUCUAUACACCGACCCGGGCGAUGACGGGGACAAUACUGAGGAGAACGGCCAUGCGGUUUACCCUGAUGGCCCCGCUCGUCAGCCUAGCAGUGUGCAGCGAGGGAGCACGCAGUUCCUCAGCUUUUUGCCGGGCGAUCCGACCACCCCCGGCUACCCCUCCAAACCCGGCGUCCCCCGCGAGCCCGUCGACGCGGCCAUCCCCAGCAUCCCGUCCGUCCCCAUCUCCUACCAAGACGCCCUGCCCAUCCUGAAGGCGCUCAACGGUCACGGCCCCAAGGCCGAGGAAUUUGGCAAGUACUGGACCCGCAACGCCGGGCUCGGGUACAAGGGCGUGCACUACAACAUCGGCCCUACCCCGGACGACGUGGUCGUGAACCUGUACAAUGAGCAGGAGUAUGUGACCACGCCGCUGUGGAACGUCAUUGGCGUCAUUAACGGGACGAUUGCCGAUGAGGUUGUCAUCGUCGGCAACCACCGUGAUGCCUGGGUGGCUGGCGGGGCUGGGGACCCCAACAGCGGCUCUGCCGUGCUGAACGAGAUUAUUCGCUCCUUCGGCGAGGCCCUCAAACAGGGUUGGAAGCCUCUCCGCACCAUCGUCUUUGGUAGCUGGGACGGCGAAGAGUACGGCCUCGUUGGGUCGACUGAGUGGGUGGAAGAGUACUUGCCGUGGCUUGAUAAUGCCAACGUUGCUUACGUUAACACCGACGUCGCAGUCCGAGGCACUUUCCUCAGGACCUCAGCAGCCCCCCUCCUCCACAACGUCAUCCACGCCGCAACAGCCAAGGUCCUAUCCCCCAACCAGACCGUCCCCGGCCAAACAGUCCACGACCUAUGGGACAAAAAGAUCCGAACCAUGGGCAGCGGCAGCGACUUCACCGCCUUCCAAGAUUUCGCCGGCGUCCCGUCGCUCGAUCUUGGCUUCACCACCGAUUGGGACUCUCCCGUCUACCACUACCACAGCAAUUACGACAGCUUCUACUGGAUGGAGAACUUCGGCGACCCGGGCUUCACCUACCACCGCGCGGCCGCCCAGGUCCUCGGCCUGAUCACCGCUCAGCUAGCCGACCUGCCGGUGAUCUCCUUCCGCGCCGCCGACUACGCCCACGCCCUGGACAGUUACGUGAAGCAGGUCGAGCACCAGCUGGAACGCGCCCUCUCACCGUCAGUAGACAUCGACGCCUUCACCCUGCUCGAUGACGACGCCUACUUCGAAAUCCGCGGCUGCACCCGCAACUCCUCUACCUCCUCCGCCAAAACCACCACCAUUUCCAAGACAGCCACCGCGGAAAGCUUCAAAACCUCCCUCGCCCGACUUCACAAAUCCGUCGAGAAACUAACCAAACACGCCGUGCGCCUCGACCAGCGCGCCGAUGAUCUUUACCAAAAACUCACCGAGGGCAUCCCCUGGUGGAAGUGGCCGGCCAAACUGAAGCUGGGGUUUGAGCUCCGCAAGGUGAAUACUAAAUACAAGUAUUUUGAGCGCAGUUUCUUGUUUGAGUGGGGGUUGGAUGAGCGGUCGUGGUUUAAGCACGUUGUUUUUGCGCCGGGACGGUGGACGGGGUAUGCUGGUGCUGUCUUCCCUGGGUUGGUGGAGAGUAUUGAGGAUGAGGACUGGACGAAUGCGGAGAGGUGGGUGGAUAUUAUUGAGAGUCGGUUGAAGAAUGCUGCUCAUCGGCUGUGA